AUGUUAAUUUUGUCAAAGUUCAGGUCCAAACAAAAUGUUUUUUCGUCCUGUAUCAAAACAUUCAUUAAUGAUAGAAAUAAUUGGUCAAAUAUCGAUGAUUUGGUAGCUAAAACUCUAGGUUCUGUGGAUUCCAUAGUUUACCCACCGGAUUCCCUCUUAAAACUGGCCUAUAAAGGACUGCAAUAUCAGAUUUUUGAUGCCAGCUUCUGGAAUGAUGUGUACGAUAAAACCGCAAAAUCCAAGGAUCUUUUUACUCCAUCACAGUGGAUUAGACUUCUACACAUAUAUAAGCGCAUUAAAAUUCGUAACUCUGAGUUGUAUAAUAUGGCACAGUCUGCUAUUGAGAGGAACCUCGAAAACCUAUCCCUAAAGGAACUUUCUUUACUUUCAUUGUCGUUUUCUUAUUUUUCAUUCUGUCCAAGGUCAUUGUUUUCGAAAAUCUCAAAAACUGUUUGUGACCGUCAUAGAGAUGCCAAACUGAAGGAGUUUGAGCUAUCAUUAGACUUUAAGCAAAUUUGCGAAAACGGUAGUCUCAAUAAAUCAAACGUGAUUAAAAGGUCUAAAAUUAGUGAGACUGUCUCUUAUAUUCACAUGAUUGGAGCUUAUUCCAAGUGUGGAUUCGAUGAUAAAGAGCUGUUUGAGGUCGUGACUGAGAAACUAAUUGAUAACUUAUCCAGCCACCAUGUUAUGAUAUCCUCUAACCUACUGAUGAAGACUUUGGACUCCUACUCUAGGUACCUAUACUCAAUAUUUAACAUUUUCAGGUUCGGUUACAGAAACAUUAGACUUCUUGACACUCUCAGUAAUCAAAUUAUCACAGCAAAACUGUCGACGGAAGAGCUCUCAAGGGUGAAGAGCUCAUUCUCACAACUUGAAUAUGAAAAUGAUACAAUGAAUAAUAUUUUUUCAUACAGAUUGGGUAAUGUAAAUUAG